UGGAAUAUGUGUCAGAAGCAGCAGACGGACAGGGGAAGAGUUAAAGUGAUUUAAACUUAGCAGGACAUUUCUGCGUGUUGUUUGAACUGGACGGUGUUUGCUUUUGGGAGACAGACAUCAAAGUUCACGAUUGUUACUUUGCACUUUUCUACCAGCAGUGUAUGCGACAGAUUCAGUACACCAGCACGAGAAUCACCAAGACACAAACGGGAUGUGGUUCCUUGUGGUUGCGGCAGUUUCCUGUCUCCUGCUGCCCUCCUCCCACGGGGGGGUGAAGGGCCUGAAGGAGCACUUCGAGGACCCGGCGGGGGCCAAGGCGGUGGACCCGCGCAGCCGGGCCGAGGGCGGGGAGGUGGACGUGGAGGCCGUCCCGCUGGACUUCCACAAGGAGAACACGGUCACCAGCGUCCUGCCGGCCGAGGGCCUGGAGGACGAGGACCUGGAGGACGAGGACUACAUCGACUUCGACAAGAUCCUGGCCGGCGAGGAGGACGACUACGGCGACGGGGACAAGAUCGACGAGAUCGCCACGCCGGCGCCGGAAGUGGACAUCUUCGCCGAGCCGUCCGACCCCAAGGUGCGCCGGGCGCGGCUGCUCCGCCUGUUCCACGGCCAGACGCGCAUCCAGCGCCUCAACAUCGUCAACGCCAACUUCGGCUUCAACCUCUACCGCAGCCUGCGCAACGACUUCAACCAGACCGACAACAUCCUGCUGGCGCCCGCCGGCAUCUCCAUCGCCAUGGGGAUGAUGGACCUGGGCACGGGGCCCGAGACGCACCGCCAGCUCUACCGGGCGCUGGGAUUCGCCGACUUCGUCAACGCCAGCGCGCACUACGACGACCAGACCGUGCACAAGCUCUUCCGCAAGCUCAGCCACAGGCUCUACCGCCGAAACUUCGGCUACACCCUGCGCUCCGUCAGCGACCUCUACGUGAAGCGCGACAUCCCCGUGUCCGACGGCUUCCGGACCGAGGCCAAGAACUACUACUUCGCCGAGCCGCAGUCCGUGGACUUCCAGGACUCGGCGUUCCUGGAAAAGGCCAACCGGAGAAUCGAGAAACUGACCAAGGGUCUGAUCAAGGAGCCCCUGAAGAGCGUGGACCCCAACAUGGUGCUGAUGCUCCUCAACUACCUCUACUUCAAAGGAACGUGGGAGCAGAAGUUCCCCAAGGACGCCACGUUCUCGCAGAACUUCCGCGUGACGGAGAAGUACAGCGUGCGCGUUCCCAUGAUGCAGAACCGCGGCAGCUUCAUGGCGGCGGCCGACCACGAGCUUCAGUGCGACGUUGUCCAGCUGCCCUACGUGGGGAACGUCAGCAUGCUGGUGGUCGUGCCGCGCAAGCUCUCCGGCAUGCGCAAGCUCGAGCAGGACAUCUCCGCCACCGUCGUCAGCAAGUGGAUCAGCAACAUGACCAACAGAACACGAGUGGUUGUAUUUCCCAAAUUUAAACUGGAGAAGAACUAUGACCUCAUCGCCAACAUGAAAGAGCUGGGACUAAAAGACCUGUUUGAGGAAACUGGAGACUUCUCCCGCCUGAGCUCAGAGAAGCUCACAGUAAACUGGCUGAAGCACCAGGGCACGAUCACGGUGAACGAGGAGGGCACGGAGGCGGCCGCGCUGACUCAGGUGGGCUUCAUGCCCCUCUCCACACAGACGCGCUUCGUCGUGGACCGGCCCUUCCUCUUCCUCAUCUACGAGCACCGUACCAACUGCCUCGUCUUCAUGGGCCGAGUGGUGGACCCCUCCCAGAACUAACCGCCCGGGCACCGCACACGCAUACAUACAGACACACACGUACACAU